AUGGUCUACUACUUUACCUCAACCGUGGUCGACCCGCCUGCCUAUGUUUACGUAGGCAAGGACAAGUUCGAGAACGAGGAUCUCAUCAAGCAUGGGUGGGAAGAGGAUGUUUGUGCGCAUAUUUACCUGCGGCUAAGAGAGGGCGAGACGUGGGAGAACAUCCCCGAACCUCUCGUCACGGAUCUGGCACAGCUUACCAAGGCCAACUCGAUCGAAGGCAACAAGAAGGACAACAUCACCAUCAUUUACACACCAUGGUCGAACCUCAAGAAAGACGGCAGCAUGGCAGUCGGCCAGGUCUCCUUCCACAGCGACAAAAAGGUCAAGAGGGUCCUGGUGCGUGAGAGGGAAAACGCAAUCAUCAACAGACUCAACAAGACCAAGGUUGAGAAACAUCCCGACCUGAAGCAGGAGAAGGACGACCGGCAGCGAGAGCUGCGGAAAAAGGACCAGGCUGCCCAGCUGGCACGAAAGAAGGAAGAAGCCCGGAUUAAGAAGGAGAGAGAGCAGCUGAAGUACCAGAAGGAUCAUGCGUACGAUGAUAUUUUCAGCGAGGAGAACAUGGCAGCAUCGAGCAACCAAGACCGAGACGAGAACUGGGAGGACGAUUUUAUGUAG